GCUAUCCAGAGAUACUGACAUGGAAAUCUAUGUAUUGCAGAAAGGAGAUGUGGAAACAGGGAGCCAAAGUGAAGCAAGAUGGUUGAAGCAGCUUUCAACAUUGACAAAACGAUCAUUUGUGAACAUGAGUAGAGAUGUGGGAUAUUACUGGGCAAGGAUAGUGACAUACAUAGCUGUAUCCAUCUGUGUUGCCACUGUAUUCUUUGAUGUUGGCUACAGCUACACCUCUAUUCUUGCCCGGGUAGCUUGCGGUGCUUUUAUAACUGGAAUUAUGUCAUUCAUGUCUAUUGGAGGCUUCCCAUCCUUCAUUGAAGAAAUUAAGGUUUUCUAUAAAGAAAGACUCAAUGGCUACUAUGGAGUUGCAGUAUACAUUCUAUCCAACUUCUUCUCUUCGUUCCCUUUCUUGGUUGCUAUUGGCCUUAUCAGUGGGACCAUAACAUUCUUCAUGGUGAAAUUCAGAACAGGAUUUUCACAUUAUGCGUUCUUCUGCCUUAAUAUCUUUUUUUGCAUAGCUGUUGUAGAAAGUCUAAUGAUGGUUGUGGCUUCACUGGUUCCCAAUUACUUGAUGGGGAUCGUAACCGGGGCUGGAAUUAUGGGAAUCUUAAUGAUGACUUCUGGAUUCUUCCGACUGCUGCCUGAUCUCCCAAAAGCAAUUUGGCGAUAUCCUGUUUCAUACAUUAGUUUUGGUGCUUGGGCACUUCAGGUAUUUCUUUGCCUCAGAUAAUUUCCGUUCGGAGUAGGAUAAAAAAAAAUAGGCUUGUAAGUUUACCUGGCUGCAAGAUUCAGGUAAAAAUAAUUUUAAUCAAUUUUAAACUUAAUU